AUGGUGGAAGCUCCUCAGCCUGUACAAUUCAAGCUUGUCUUAAUUGGAGAUGGAGGUGUUGGCAAAACCACUUUUGUCAAGCGUCACUUGACUGGUGAAUAUGAAAAACGCUAUAUCGCUACAGUCGGUGUCGAUGUGCACCCACUUACAUUUUUUACAACUCGCGGUCCAGUCUGCUUCAAUGUUUGGGAUACUGCAGGCCAAGAAAAACUUUCAGGACUUAGAGACGGCUAUUAUAUUGGAGUUUUUUUGAUUAAUUAUUAGUUUUCUAUUGAGAACCUAAUUUAACUAGCUUUUCUUCUAUUAGGAUAGCUCUUAUAUUAAAUCCCAUUGUCAUUUUGACUAUAUUUUAUCAGACCAUUUUACUUUUUUAUUAUAAUGGUGGACAAUGCGGUAUUAUCAUGUUCGAUGUUACCUAGGCUCUCUGCUUUUUUCUGGAGUUGUUUUAUGUUUAAGACGUUUUUUAACAAAAAAAAGUCAUUUGAUAUAUAAAUUUGCGAAAAAAUUUGGUAAAAUAUUCGAGGCAAUAUAUAAAGUCCUUUUUCACUAACUCAAUGCUAUAACAAACUUUUUUUUAUUAAUAUAUAUUUUAAAUAAGAGUGAAUUUUUUGAGGUAAAAGAUAAAUAUUAUUUUUUUAAUUAGGGGGAUUAAGCAAGUUUAUAAUCUAUUACCUCACGUAUCACAUACAAAAAUGUACCUAAAUGGCACAGAGACCUCGUAAGAGUUUGCGAAAACAUUCAUUAGCUUAACUUAAAUUAUUAUCAAAUAGCUCCCAGCCAGCCAUGUCGGUUUUCACGUCUCGUGCUUACAUUCCGUCAGACUAUUGGGUGCGUAGCCCAGGACUAAACUCCUGGUAAACACACCGCUAGCCUUGCUGGGCUGUCCAUUUCCAACUUCCGAACUUCAUCUUUCCCUGAUGUGGAACCUUACCCUGAAUGUGAGCUUACUGUCUUUCAUCCCAUCAUUGCACUCCAUCAGGCCAAGUAAACUCGGUCAGACACACCCACCGCAUGCUGAUCUCUCUUUUGCAAGAUCCUCAGACUCCAUCUGGCUACAAGUGAUAAGAGGCCAUCUUUGUUCUACAAACCAUUUUUAUAUAUGCGAAAGCAUUCCAAUUGUGCUGGUUGGUAACAAAGUCGAUGUCAAGGACAGAAAAGUAAAAGCCAAACAAAUCACAUAUCACAGAAGACACAACCUCCAGUACUUCGAUGUCUCAGCCAAGUCCAACUAUCAGUUCGAAAAGCCAUUCUUGUGGCUCGCUAGAAGACUCUCAGGAGACGCUAAUCUCAUGCUUGUCGAAGCUCCAGUAUUGGCUCCUCAAGAUGUCCAAAUUGACCCAGAACAAAUGGCAGAAAUCGAAAGAGAAAACGCUGAACUCGCAAGCUUGCAAAACGCUCCACUGCCAGCUGAAGAUGAAGAUGAGAAUUUAGGCUAA